CUCGCCGAGAGAAGGAACCUCCUGCGUUGAGACAGUGGAGCCAUCGGCGACGCUUUCGUGGCGCCUCAGUGACCUCUCGAUUCUACCUUAACAAACACCGUUCCUGGACGAAAUCGACAUGAGUAGGAGCAACGAGAGCGGUAUAUCGUUAGCAACGCCGCCAGCAAUUCAUGUUGGGCCUAUCGUCACACCAGGGUCCAAUGAAACGAUUUCCAUCGUGAUACCGUUAUCAGCACAGCUGACCACAAUGGCUAGUCAAAAAGUCGACAAGAAUAGUAAGGAUUACGGCAGUGAUACAAAACGGGCAGUCCCAGUAAUUGUCAAUCCUCCUCGAAGUCCGAGGAACAGGACAUGUGGAAAAGGCUGUCCCUUCCCCACAUGCAUGCGAUAUGGACGAGCGUUUUCUAGAUUGCACGACUUGAAGCGGCACAUAGCUCGACACGCGAUGCGCAAGGAAAAGCUGCAGCAAACUGAACAAAAAGUCGAUAUCGAAAACGCAACAAGCGAUGCAACUUUACAAGACGCUCUUCUGCGCGAUACGGAAAACAAGGGCGGAUAUCCUUGUCCACGAUGUACGAAGAGGUACAACGAUGAGGAUAAACUCAAAGCUCAUCUGGUCUCACAUGGCAAAAUAACGCCAAAGAAUAAUCACUUGAAGCAAGAGGAACAUACUAGGAAUACGCUGCAGAGUCAAGCAAUGAUAGAUAAGUCCUCAACAAUCGUGAAAAACGAGGACGAUUUUCUUUUGGAAGAGAUGCUAUUGAUAAAGAAGGAUCCCCGAAGGACAGACAAAAACGAUUCGAAGAUUAGGUGCGAUUACUGUUCAAAGACUUUCAAAACCAAGUGGACUCUGAGCUCGCACGUGGCCGCUCAUGAAGGCCGUUUUCAGUAUGAUUGUGGUCUAUGCGGUAAGAAAUUCGUCAGGAAGAGCCACUACGAGGGUCAUCUACGCUCUCAUGAGGCUGCCAGGCCGUACUCCUGCGAGCAAUGUGGUAAAACGUUCAAAGAGCUCAAACAUCGUCGCGAACAUACCAAGAGAAAGCAUCCAAGUAAUCAGAGCGCAAUACAAAGUUUGUUAGAUAGCAUUGGACCGUGCGCGGCCGAAGAGACAAACAUUGAUCAGGCCAAAUUCACUUUGUUAAUGCCAGUAAAUUUUGGCGGAUAAGAGUCGAAGAGGCCUUUUGUCGUCUAAAAAAGAUUACUGUGGAUCCUUCAUGUUCAAUUGUAAAAGUUUAAUUCCUCGGAACUUUUUCGGAUCGAUCCAGAUUAGAACAUUGCAUCCUUGGAACCUUGGGCCUUUUGUACUUUGGCUUUUUGGAACUUCGGAUGUUUAGAUGAUUCGACCCCUGGAACUUUAUUAUUUAGAAGAUGGAUUCCUUGAAACUGUGAAUGCUUGAAAAAUUGAAUUCUUACUUUAAAUCUUUCGAAUAGUUGCUUGAAAGAUGAGAUCUUUGGAAGUUCUUGAAAAUUACAAUUUUCAAUUGUUUGGAAUCAGAGAUUCUUGAAAUUUCGAACUUUGAAUUUUGGAUCAAUACUAUCUUACAUUUAGAUCUUUGAAAGUAUCAAUUUUUUUGGAUCUUUGGAAUUCUGAAGGUUGUAAUAAAAUGAAAUUUAUCUUAAAGUAUUCCAAAGUUACUCAACGACCAGAAAGUAAUAUGUUCAAACGACAACUUUUUCAAGUUGGAUGACAAAUAAAAACUUAAUUGACUUCAAUAAUUGACAAAUCAAAACCAUGUGAACAUUAUGCCGAUUAUAAUCAAUUUAUCAUUCUAUACUUUACGAGAAAUAUAUAAAAAAAUAAAUCUUG